AUGGGUCAAGAAUUUAUUUUCGACGAAAUAAAUUGUGAAAAUGAGAAAGAAUCGAAAAGGAAUAGAAGAAGAAUCAGCACGAGCGAAGGUGACGUUGUCAUGGACGACGCUGCACCACUACCGACACGAGACGAAAAAUUGCGUGCUGAUUCUGAUUCAAAACUAGUACAUCAUCAAUCAGGAGCAUUUGAACGUGUUUCAUCACCACGAACUUCUCCAUCUCGUCCCACCGCGUUUUCACCAGGUGGACGACCGCCAGCAAAAAUUCACACGACCCGUCGCUCUUCCUCUCAUGACGUCUCCCUGUCACCAACUGCAGUGGUUGAAAAUGCUACUCUCGAGCCUGCUGCACACAGUGUAGCUGACAAGCAGGGGAAAAAACACAAAAUAAACCCUGCAGGAGAUGAACAACUACCUAAACAACAGUUGCCGACUAAACAGCCGCCACCCACCUACAACCCGGUCAAGCCGCCCCCACGCCCCGCGCAUUUUUUCCCGAUCGAGAAAAGAAUCUUACCCGUCCAGACUAUUAGUUGUUUCGACCCGAGUGUGUAUUUCUCCGGGUGGUUUGUUCAUCCCGGGCCGCCGGGCGGGAGUUCGAAUAAUUCUAAUUCGAACAACUGUGCGAAGUUCAUCUUCGGGGAGAAGAAGCUGAGCAGUCUGGACAACUACUACACAGAAGAUGAACUACCAUCAAGCGACAAUUUUUUUACAACGACAUUGACAGCUGUAUCAACAGCAGCAAGAGGAGGACACCUUCCCGAGAAAGCAGCAGAUAUUAGAACACCAGUUGUUUCACAAUUAGCGGCGACGUCUUCUACUUCUGCGAGAGCUACUUCCACACCCGAGAACGCCGGGGGGUUAUUUUCCACCACUCUUCUUGCUGCUGGUGAAAACAUAAACAUGAAGAAAAACGAAAUUAUCUCGAUCUAUUCGAACGAUACGGAAAAUCUGUUUUUAGAAAAGAAAUUUGAAUUCAACGGGACUGUUGCUGCUGCUGCUGGAGGUGCGACCGCGGUGAAUGACGACUUUCACCACAACAGAAGUAGCAGCGAAGAAGAAGCCCUGCAGCUUUCGACGAUUUUAUUUGACAAAACGACCAGUGUUACAUUGUCGGUAGACGAACAAAGCGGACGAGGAAUCGAAGUCCAGGUUGUGCAGUUUCAGGUCGAAAAGGAACUACAACAAGCUCAUCCUUUCUGCACUUCAUCUCGUACUACCCUACAACCACCCCAGAUGAAGCAACUUCUGCGGAUCAAGCCCGACAUCUUCCUUUCCAUCGAAACUACGACCACCUUCGUCGGAAAAGUCGUCCGGAAAAACGAAAAUUCCCUCGGCGGGAGACUUUCUUCGAAGGAAGUUUACGUCGACUCGCUAGCUUAUGCGGUGCUGUACCACAACCAGCUAGCACGGUACAAAUUUGCCAGUCGGGAUGAGCAGUUUUUGAAGAAGCACAACCUGCUACCGGAGACUUCUGUCGAGGAGGAAAGAGUUAGAGUGAUGUACUGCGAUAUUGACCUGGAAGUGGGGGACAUGGUACAACUGUCGUGUGAUUUAUUUUCACAACUUCGUUUUGAUUUUUUUGCGUGAAGCUUCGAUGGAACAAGUGGCCCCAUCCACAAAUUUGCAUCUACAAAAAGGGACUACAUCAAGUAGGUUGUGAUGCAUCUACUUAUUGCACUUGUUCAAAUUAUUAAACCGCAGGUCUUUUUCCGUGUAACCUGGAGCAAACAGCAGGGCAUCGAAGCGGGCUUUGACUUAACCUAUGCUGUGCAAAAGUAUCGUACUCGUAUAAAUGCAGGUCUUGCAUUACAAAUUUCUUUGUCAAGGCAAAUCAGCAUAUACAAAUUUUAUUUCUCAUGCUGAGAAAAUUUGUAAUGCAUUUAUACGAGUACGAUACUUUUGCAUUUGAUAUCACCCGCCUGUCUCCGAAAAUCCAAGAGCUGUAUCGCAUCACCGUGCCGCUAGCAAAACCGGCCGCUUUGUGUCAGUAG